UAAACUCUUGGUCGCGGCUACGAGAAAUAUUAAACCGCACGCCAGGUCGCCACCCACUUCCAACGCAAUUCCAUCUUCGCUUCCGAUCGCCCAAGAACCCGACGAGCUCCAAUCCCCAAUCCAUCCAUCCAUACUUCCAAAUCCCAACGCAAUCACCUGUUUUCCCCAGUGCGAUCCCUAUUCCUGCUCUAGUUUUCCGGUCCCAAAUCGAUCUGGAGUGCCGAGUUCCGCAGCCGAAUCGACGAAAGGCGCCAUCUUUGAUGCGCCAGGCCGUCGAGAUUCCGGCGUGAGGUGAAGUCUCCGCGGGUGGAAAGAGCGCCCGGAUAUGGUGUGCAGGGGCUUCUUCGAGUGGGUCCUCAAGCUGCUCAACCUUGUCGUCAUGGUGGUCGGGCUGGCCAUGGUGGGCUACGGCACCUACCUGCUCGUGAUGUGGCUGCAGGUGCCUCCUCCCCCGCCGCCGCUUCCGCCGUCGCCUGCGCCGGCGGCGGUAGCUCUCAGCGGCGAGCUGAUGCCACUCGGGAGGCCGCUGCUGCUUCUUGUUGAUGCGCCCCUGUCAGAUGCGACCGCAGAGAGGCUCUACAGUGCCUGGUUUAUUUUCACGUUUAUUGGUGUUGGUGUUAUACUCUUUAUCACAUCGAUCUUUGGUUGUGCUGGAGCUAGGAAUGGAUGCUGCUUGUCUAUUUACUCAUUCCUCAUUAUUUUGUUCAUACUGGUUGAGCUUGCUGCAGGAGGUUUCAUUUUCUUCAACCAUAGUUGGAAAGAGGUGAUCCCAGUUGACAAAACUGGUAACUUUGACAUGAUGUACAGCUUUUUGAAAGAGAACUGGCGAAUUGCAAAAUGGGUUGCACUUGGAGCUGUUAUAUUUGAGGCAUUGUUGUUCACUGUAGCUAUCAUAGUACAGUCGGGCAAUCAAGCUGAUUAUGACAGUGAUGAUGAAUACAUUGGCCCGAGGUCUGGAGUCCGGCAACCGUUGGUGAAUCAGCAAGAUCCUGCUGAUCCUAGGGUGCGCAACCUUGACUACCGCCCAAUCCGGAAUGACGCUUGGAGCCAAAGAUUGAGAGAGAAGUAUGGGGUGGAUAACUUCGAUCCAAACAGGUUUGGACAGGCCACGAUAUCUCCUGCAGAACAAAGAAACCGAUGCACAAUUCUCUGAAGCUUGGUUGAUAUCAGUCAGUAGUGGUUCCAAGCUUAUAUCCAACUGUGCAAUUCAUCGUGUCCUGGAUAAUGUGUGUCUGGUUGAUCCGAUGUUGUCCAGUUGUGUAGAGUGUAGAAAGCUUCGCAUUCACCUGAGUCAGUUCCUUGGUUCACAUAGUCAGAACUCCACACCCUCCAUGCACAGAUGUAGGCACUGCAUCCUUCAGGCGUUGUAAUAAAUAGUUUCGAACCUAGUUUUGGCGACAGAGAAUGUUCCAUUGUGCAUAAAACCUUGUCUGUGAAGUGAUUUGCGCUACAUGCACCAUGUUUAAACCAAGGCAUGUUUGCUAUGUCCAGUUUUUACAUUGUCAAA